GACCGGCCGGGGGCGGGGCCUGGGCCGCGGCCGCAAUCCGGGCCUCCGGGACUCUCGCUGCCAGCGCGGUCCGGUGGCCUGGGUCACUCCCCUCCGUCGGGGCCGGGUGCUGUGACAGCCGCGGCCCUCAGCCGAGGGGCAGCGCAGCUUCUGAAGUUGGGCCUGCCGCGGGGCACGAUGCGGGGGUCUGUGCGUGCGGUGUGAGGCGGCGGCUCUGGGCGGCGGGCCGGGCCGGGGCCGCUCAUGGUGCCGCCACGACUCCAUCGAGGGGCAGGAAAGCCAGGCGGGCUGAGUUCUUUACCUCCGUUUGGACUGAGAUCUGGCCACUUUGCAGGCAUUGCAUUUGAGGAUCUCAGAAAAGCCCUUGCAACGAGACUGCAAAUGGUUUAUGUGUUUAUCAUGAACCGUGUGAAUUCCCAGAGCAGUGGUUUCAGUCAGCGCAGGCGAAUGGCCCUGGGGAUAGUGAUUCUCCUGCUGGUUGAUGUGAUAUGGGUGGCAUCCUCAGAACUCACCUCGUAUGUCUUCACGCAGUACAACAAGCCAUUCUUCAGCACCUUUGCGAAAACAUCCAUGUUUGUCCUGUACCUUUUGGGCUUCAUUAUUUGGAAGCCUUGGAGGCAACAGUGUACAAGAGGAUUUAGAGGGAAGCCUGCUGCUUUUUUUGCAGAUGCUGAAGGUUACUUUGCUGCUUGCACAACAGAUACAAGUAUGAGUAGUUCUUUGAGUGAACCUCUUUAUGUUCCUGUGAAGUUUCAUGAUCUCCCAAGUGAGAAGCUCGAGAGCACAAACAUUGGGACUGAAAAAACUCCUAAGAAGUCCCGUGUAAGGUUCAGCAAUAUCAUGGAGAUUCGCCAGCUCCCAUCGAGCCAUGCGUUAGAGGCCAAGCUCUCUCGGAUGUCUUAUCCCACUGUGAAAGACCAAGAAUCCAUACUGAAGACUGUAGGGAAAUUGACUGCAACCCAAGUAGCAAAAAUUAGCUUUUUUUUUUGCUUUGUGUGGUUUUUGGCAAAUUUGUCAUACCAAGAAGCACUUUCAGACACACAGGUUGCCAUAGUGAAUAUUUUGUCUUCAACUUCUGGGCUUUUUACUUUAAUCCUUGCAGCUGUAUUUCCGAGUAACAGCGGAGACAGGUUUACCCUCUCUAAACUAUUGGCUGUAAUUUUAAGCAUUGGAGGUGUGGUGCUGGUGAACCUGUCUGGGUCUGAAAAGUCUGCUGGAAGAGACACAAUAGGUUCCAUUUGGUCCCUUGCGGGAGCUAUGUUCUAUGCUGUCUACAUUGUGAUGAUCAAGAGAAAGGUAGACAGAGAAGAUAAAUUGGAUAUUCCAAUGUUCUUUGGUUUUGUAGGUCUGUUUAAUCUGCUGCUCUUAUGGCCGGGGUUCUUCUUACUGCAUUAUACUGGCUUUGAGGACUUCGAGUUUCCCAACAAAGUGGUACUGUUGUGUAUCAUUAUCAACGGCCUCAUCGGAACAGUUCUGUCUGAGUUUCUGUGGUUAUGGGGCUGCUUUCUUACCUCAUCGUUGAUAGGCACACUUGCACUAAGCCUUACGAUACCUCUCUCCAUCAUAGCCGACAUGUGCAUGCAAAAGGUGCAGUUUUCUUGGUUAUUUUUUGCAGGCGCUAUUCCUGUAUUUUUUUCAUUUUUUAUUGUUACUCUCCUAUGCCAUUAUAAUAAUUGGGAUCCUGUGAUGGUAGGAGUCAGAAGAGUUUUUGCCUUUAUAUGCAGAAAACAUCGAAUUCAGAGAGUUCCAGAAGACAGUGAACAGUGCGAAAGCCUCAUUUCUAUGCACAGCGUUUCUCAGGAGGAUGGAGCUACUUAGCUGCUGUGGUCUGCAGUCCAGCUUAAUUCUACAGUGGAGAGACGAUCUGGCGAGUCCUUUGUAGAAGGGUUUCAGUGCCUAGUCUGAACACGAGCCGUUUCAGUUCUUUGAAACUCUACAUUUUCCACACGUCUGCUUCAUUUUCAAAAUGAAGGCUGUUUCCUGUAGGUCUCGUGAAGUCCAGUUGCUCUGAAGGAUCAACCUGCCUUACGUAUCAGUUCAGUUCCUGAAACCAGUGGAACUAUUCAAGGGAUGAAAUUUCUCUGGAGACUCUGUUUAAACAUACUUUACAGUUUCCGAGACCACCUAAGUAAGAUGAGCAUUUCUGACAGGUGGGUGCCAGUCUGCACUGCCCACAGUGAGUGCAGGUUGUUUUUUAGUUUGGUAGAUUGCAAAGUAAGCACACAGAAGGAAUGUUAGUUAGUGGGACAGUACAUUCAUGUAAGGUUGGUGGCGCUUUAGAGACAGGCGAGCGUCUGAGCAGACCUGCUCGGAGCACACUGCACUCUGUGAUCCUCCCUGGUGUCUGGUGCCUUCUAUCUUAAAAAACAUGACAAGUCAGAACAGUUUUAAAGGGAAGACUUGUAAACUGGAAAAUCAUGUAUUUCUAAAGGCUGUGUAGCUAUAAAUUAGUUGAGAAAGCUCUGUUUCAUUUAGAGUUUUAAAGGAAUAUUCUCUCUUCAAUUAAGAAAUUUUCAUAAUGGAAUGGUUUAAAUUGAAGUGAUAAAGAAUAUUAUUAGAAUAAAAUGUUUGUAUAUGUAUUUGUGUAUUAAAGAUGUAUUGAGUAAUUUUGUAUUUUUUACAUAUAAAUGUGCUAAAUUACUCUAAAACUGGGUGCUGCUUCCUUAAGUAAUCUUACUUUUCCUAAGUAAAUUUAAAUGCUUAAAAUAAAAAAAGAAAGGCAAGGAAAAACUCUGCUUUAG